UGCUCCAUACCAUGCAUAUAUCUUCAUUUUUUUUCUCUCCUAUAUAUCACCCAACUCUCUCCCAUCUUCAAAAGAAAUCUCUCUCACCUUCUCUCAUCUUUGCACAAGCAAAACAGCACUCAAAUUUAAAAGAGAAAAAAAAAUACAAAAACAAAAAAAGCAAAAUAAAAAAUGGGAAACUGCUUGAAGAAACAAUCAUCAACCAACUAUACGACCGACGACGAUGAAGAUUGGGAUUUCUCGUCAUCCAAAGGCGACUUUGAGACCAAAAGCAAUUAUGCCAAUGUCAAAACGAUCACCGAAGUGAAGAUCAAGAUUACCAAGAAGCAGUUAGAAGAGUUGUUGAGCAAAGUGGACAUGAGAGAGUUAAGGGUGGAACAAGUUUUAGCCCAAUUGAUGAAUCAUAGUAAUGGCUAUAAAUCACUUCAGAGAUCUUGGAGACCAGCACUUCAAAGCAUCCCUGAAAUGGAUUAAUUAAGGUUCAUUUAGAUUAGUUUAGGUAUAUUAAGUUGAUGAAGAUGAGUAUUGGCCUAUUGGGUCAAUCUUGCUUUUUUG